UGAAUUCCAGAAAUAUUUGAGCGAUUUGUUGCGCUGCACGACUUGGCGAAGCUAUUAGCUUUAUAAUUAUUUAGGCUAUCUAAUUUAUAAUCUUAAUAGCUUCACCCCGACGAACACUUCGAAUGUAGUAUUGUUAAAGUGAAUUUGGUUUAUUAAAGGAAACAAAUAUGCAGUCUGUGCACAGUCCCUGCUCCCGAAGUCCACAACGUUCCUAUAUUCAGUCUGGUUACCACCAGAAUUUAUCUGGCAGUGACACCGAUGUUUCUACAUCAACAGAAAAUCUGACAGCUGAAGAAAAAAGAGUUUUGCAAAAUGGUGUGCGCCAAGAACCACAAGGAGAGGAGACCAUAGCAGAUGAUACUGAUGCCAUUUCAUCAAACACUCUCAUCAUACAUGACACUAAAGUGGCUGGAGAACAUGAUUCUCCAUUUUAUGGCCAAGCAUUCACAAGCCCUGGGAAACAAACAGAAACUUCUCUAAUACAAGCUUUAGAGAGGGAAAAAAAAGAAAAAUAUAAUCGAUUAUAUUCAGACUUUUCUGAGAAUGCAAACAUGCAUCAGAGUCCUCAUAAAAGUAGUCCCACAGUUCCAUUAUCGCCAAAAACAUCAAUUCGUAAAGCCAGGUUUCAAAAGCCAGGUUCUCAUUCAGGUUUGCAAAAGACUCCUCUUCAUGGUUCUUGGGAACAGCAAUAUAUUCCAUCUAAUGACUAUUCUCAUAUUAAUCAAACACCUGUUUUCUCAACACCUGGAUCGUAUCUUAUGUCACCUAUGAACUAUUCAGAAAAUCAGUCUGUGCAAGGUAUUGGAGAAAUUCCUAAAGAUUAUCUCGACCAGUCUGAAGUUUUAAAAUAUUUAGCAAAAGAGUUAAACCAUCAGAAUUUUAUGGCUGAAAUUGGUAAUUUUCCACCUUUACCUGAUUACCCAAAGCAAGUACCUGAUUUUGUGAAGGAUCAUCACCAGGUGAUACUUGGCAGUGCUGCUCGCAGGAGAGGUAUUAGCAUGAUGAAUGCCAAAUCUAAAUCAGCUGACAGGCUUUCUGUAUCUAGGUCUCAUCCUGAUUUAAGCCAUGGUAAACUCUAUCAGUCAGAGGAUAAUAGUGCCAAUAUAUCCCAUGGAAUUCAGAGACCUGAGACACAUGGUAGAGCUGCUGUUGGUGUUGAUUCGGAAUUGGCCACUCUUCAGGCUAAUCAGAUGAUAGAAUUGCUUUCUGCUGAAAAUACUGCUCUGAAAACUGAAUUAGAUUUGUAUUACAAAAAAGUCUCCAAAUUGCAAAAGUUUGAAUUGGAGAUACAGAAGGUUCACAAAGCUCAUGAAGAUUUAGUACUUUCUUCAGAAAAGCGGGAGAAAUUAGAAAGGACAAUAAGGACACGAUUAGAAAUGGAAGUCAUACGUUUGAAAGAACAUAAUAAAGAAUUACGAGAGCAUUUAGAAUCAGCUACUUCCCAUAUGACAAAACCAGCUGCUCCUGAAAUAAAUGAUUCUGAAUUAAGGAAAGAACUGAGUAAAAGAGAAGUACUCAUUGCCCAACUGUUAACACAAACUAAAGAACUGUUGGCUGAAAAAGAACGUCAAGAAAUUGAACUUCAAGCACAAAGAGCAACUUUACAGGAGCAGAGGAAUCACAUUGAUAUAUUAGAUAAUGCUCUGACCAAUGCCCAAGCAAAUGUUGUGAGAUUAGAAGAGGAAUCUCGUAAAAAGCAGGUUUAUGUCGACAGAGUGGCUCAACUUCAAAAAGCUCUUACAAAUUUACAGCAGUCUAGUGAAAAACGAUUGCAAAUGGAAAAGAAGUUGAGAGCUCAGCUAGAAAAAGAAGUUCAUGCUCUAAGGUCACAAAAGCAAGGGAAGUCAUCUUCUGUUUCCAAGAGUGAACAUUCAGAAAGUGUUGAAGGAUUGCAAAAAACUGUAAUGGAAUAUGAAGAAAAAAUAAUAGGUUUAGAAGCUGAAGUUUCAAAGUGGGAACAGCGUUAUAUUGAAGAAAGUACAAUGCGACAGAUUGCUGUUGACGCAGCAUCAGUUCCUAAGGAUGCUAAAAUCGCCGCUUUAGAAAGAACUUCACAGGAAAGUGAGAAAUUAAUAGCCCAGGCUCGUACUGAAAAACUUAAGCAAAUGGAUGAGCUGUAUGCAGCCAACAGAAGAUGCACAGAAUUAGAGAGCAAGAUAAAAGAUUAUGAAUCUAAAUUAGCAGAAAAGGAUGCCAUGAUCAAAGUUUUGCAACAACAUUCCCAGGAAAAAGAUGCUGUAUUACAACAUGCGGUACUAGGACGCCCUCCGAGGCAUACUAGGGCUGCUAGUACAGUGGGUUUGACUACCAGUACAAAUCAUACGACGACGACAACUGGUGUCUCUUCCUUAGGAAGAGUUUCCCCAUCUCCGACAAAUUCAUUACAUAGGAAAACUACAAGUAAAACAGAAAGUGGUGCUUCAGGAAGUUUACUUAGUAUUUCAAGUGAAUCCUCAAGCACUGCUGUGCCAUCACAAUCUUCUCCUGUAACAGAAUCUGUUACAGCAUCUAAGAAGAGCCUAGAUGAACAGCUGAAAGAGCUGGACUCUCGACUCUCCAGUAAGGAUUCGAUCAUAAGCGCUCUGCGAGCAGAGAAAGAAAGGUAUCCAAGUCACUUCUGGAGAGUAUGAAAGAAAUGAUUUGUAAUUAACAUGAGGUUUCCUAGUCAUUCAAAUAGCAAGUGGGAAAUGUAUUCAGUUUACCUGAUGGGACAAAUUAUUAUGUAUGUUAACAUGUAAAAUGGAUGCUGCUGGAACGGCUGAACAAAAAAUGUUUUACUGUAUACUUUUUAUGUUAUUUCUUAAUGGUUAUGAAAUUUACUUUUACAUUGUUAUAUCUUCUCAUUGUGUGCUUAGUUUUUUUAUUAUAAUAUCUGUGGCAAAUUGCGGAUUGUUUUUAAGUUCUUUGAAAUGAAAUUUCACACUGAAUUAAGAUGCUGCCAAAAACUUGUAUCCGGUGACAUUAAGAAGCAUGUGCCAAGCUGGUUUUGACACUGUUUCAAGUGGCAUCUUAGUACAAAUUUAUUUUUAAUUUGUUUAACACUAUCUUCCCCCAUCUGUUAAAGAAACUGCCUUCUUUGAAUUCUUUACUUAUGCAUUUAUACAGAUAUGUAAAUGAUUUACUUAAACAAUUUUUGGGGGACUAUAUAUAUCAUCACCUUGACUUAUGUAUAUAAUAAAAUACUGUGCCACACAAAGAAUAAACUUUUUGAUUUGCA